UGAGUUUUCAUUUUGGAUUUGAUCAGGAAUUACUUUUAAGAGGAAUAUUCAAAGCUUUGUCAGGAGAUAGCAUUUUCCAACUUCGCGCUUAAUUUUGGAAAAGUGCCGCUGUAAUUUAAAGAAGUAUAUGGAAAUUUCUUAACAUACGAAAACGAAGCGGAAAACUGGAUGAGAAAUUUAAAAUACUUGUGAUAAUUGUGAUAGUGUAUUUAAAUAUGUGAUGGAUAAAAGUUAAGAAAUAAUCUUUCCCAUCUGCAGGAUACCUGUGAAAACGAGUGCAUUUUUUAAAAGGCCUUUAAUGGAAUAUUCUUAUCAUAAAGGAUUAUAACAACGUUUGCUGGAAAAAUUAAUCACUUGGAAAAAAUGUUUCCAUUUCUUCUGGAAUACCCCGGUUAUCACCCCCAGGUCCUCCCUCGACCACCCCCAACCAUGGCUGCUGUAGAUCCCUUGCCUGCAGAUGGCCCAUCCGUCACCCUUACCAUCCGACUCAUCAUGCAGGGAAAGGAAGUUGGGAGUAUCAUUGGAAAAAAAGGCGAUAAUAUCAAAAAAUUCCGAGAAGAGAGUGGUGCAAAAAUCAAUAUAUCCGACGGAUCCUGUCCUGAGCGUAUAGUUACAGUAACCGGGUGUACCGAUGCCAUCCUCAAGGCUUUCUCCCUCAUAGCGAGGAAAUUUGAAGAGGAUUUACAGAAUACUACAGCUGGAAUCAAUGUUCCAAAACCUCCAGUCACUUUACGACUCAUCGUCCCUGCUAGUCAGUGUGGUUCCCUUAUCGGAAAAGGAGGCUCCAAAAUAAAGGAAAUAAGAGAGGUCACCGGAGCUUCAAUCCAAGUAGCCAGCGAGAUGCUGCCUAAUUCGACGGAACGAGCUGUCACACUUUCGGGUACGGCGGAUGCUAUCAGCAAAUGCAUAUAUCAGAUAUGCUGCGUUAUGAUGGAGUCCCCGCCGAAAGGAGCGACAAUACCUUACCGUCCAAAGCCAGCCAUGCCCCCUGUCAUCUUUGCCGGAGGACAAGCGUACACAGUUCAAGGGCAGUAUGCAAUUCCACAUCCAGAUUGCCAAGGGGUGGAACUUAUGAACCCACAGCUGACCAAGCUUCAUCAAUUGGCUUUACAGCAUGCUCCGUUGCUACCGGGUCACAGCGUAGGAACACUUAGCCCACAAGGAUCUUUGUGCAUUCCCGCUUUGGCGACUUUGGCAGCCACCAACAGUUUAAGGCCUGGAACUGCGGCCACGGCUUUGGCAAGUGUCACAACUACUACAACCGAAAUGAAUAUCCCCAAUGAUCUGAUUGGGUGCGUUAUCGGCAAAGGAGGGGCCAAGAUAAAUGAAAUUAGGCAACUCUCAGGGGCAACCAUUAAAAUUUCCAAUUCUGAAGAAGGAUCCAAAGACAGAACCGUUGCGAUUUCGGGAACUCCAGAGGCUAUCAAUCUUGCCCAGUACCUCAUUAAUACCAGCAUGGAUUUGCAUAAGAACCUUGACCUGACCUCCAACCCUUCCUCGACCUCUGCCAACACCAUGUCGAUCACCAACACCCCCUUGGCUAUUCCCAUCAACCAACUGGUGAAGGCCAGUCCUCUCACCCUCGGCCUCAGUUCAGCCGCUGCCGCCGCUGCUGCUGCCGCUGCUGCCAACCAAACCACAAUCUUUGAUCUACAAACUACGAUCUCAAAUAGAAAAUCCCUCACUACCAAAUUGAGGGCCACGGCAACACACAACGGCAAUAAGAAAACGGAACGCAAUAAAUUCAGCCCUUACUAAAAACAAACAGCCAAACGAUCUAAUAAAAGUAUGGGAUGGCAAAGACAGAGGAAUUCGUUUGUUCCUUUUUAAACGAAAAACAGCGCCAAAAGUUCUACGUUCAGUCCCUAUCAAAGGAAUGUGGCGCCAAAGGAGUGUUCCAGUUUAACUUUAUAUAGAACCAGUAUUAUAUUUGUGAGCUCUUGUAAAAGAGAAUGGUUAGGAAUUUUCCACCAAUGAUGUAACAGGAAAUGUUCCUGACUGUAAAACAAAGUAGCUAGUCAGAACAAAGGAACUCAGAAGGUGGAUUCAUGUGAUGCUUCUAUCGAUGUAAAUAGACUUAUAUUGUUUUCCUGAUAUAGCCUUCCUAGUCAGUCAAGAGAUUUUUUGCAACCACACCAGGGAUAGCUUUUUUACAUAGCAGCUAGAAUUUCUAAGGAUGCCUUAUCAUGAUUAGGAUUUCGUGUCUUCUAGUCCGCCUUUCGAAGGAAUGCAAUAUACACUUAGGCAUUUAUUUCUCUCUUUCAAAAAACACCUUCCAGUCAAAGUGUUUAUGUGUGUCAGUAAAUAUUUAUUAACUUCUGAUAUCGGAUUGAAUCUUCCUGCUCUGAAGCAUCGGACACUGUUGUUGGAGCAAUAUGAAGAGUACAGAUGUCUGAGUUGAAAUAUGUCAUAUCAAGAACAAUUUCAUGAACUGAAAAUCUAGCUUCUCUUUGUUUCCCACCGUAACAGUUUUUUACAUGUAUUGACGCCAAUCAGAAGAUUUACCCUGGGACCAAGAUCAUUUUCUCCAACUAAUAGAUCUGUAGUAAAAAGAAAGAAUGUUUUUGCAUUUCUUAUUUCGAUCGCUAUUAUCUAUACCAUUUCUCACCAGAGAUACCUUAAUACAUUUUCCCCGUAGAGAUGUGGUGAGGAUUGGUGUAGUAAACCAGUUUUCUAAAGAAAUGUCUUUUGGUUAAAACUUUUUAGAGAAAAAUAAGUUUGUUGUCCCAAAGACUGGAAUCAGAGGGCUAGUAUCAGCAUACACAUUCUAUGCACUUAAAACAUUUAUUAUUUUUAUGGUAUGCAAAAAAUACACAUAUUACUCAAAAGGUGAGUAAAAAAAUAAUAAUGAAAAUUUCAUAGUUCCUUUUAUAUUUUAAAUGAAGAUAAAAACUCAGAAAUAACAGCUAUGCAAGUUUUAUAGUUCUUUUUAUAUUUUAAAUAAAGAUAAGAACUGAAAAAUAAUAGCUAUGCAAAUUUCAUAGUUCCUUUUAGAUUUCAAAUGAAGAUAAGAACUGAAAAAUAACACCUAUGCAAUCUUCAUAGUUCCUUUUAUAAUAUAAACAAAGAUAAGAACUGAAAAAUAGCAGCUAUGCAAUUUUCAUAGUUCCUUUUAUAUUUUAAAUAAAGAUAAGAACUGUAUUCAUAAAAAAAUAAACCAUCACAAACGAGUUUGUUUCGUUAUGGCAUUUGAAAUAAAGAGAUGGUUUAUGCAUCUAUUAAGAAAAAACUGAAUAACAAAAGCUACAUUUGCCUAUAAGUAUUGAUGAUGGACCACAGUUUUAUGUGUUAACAUAAGUGAAGUUUCAUAAAAUUGUGAUGCUAUUUUUAUGUGAAGACUUUUUCCAUAUUAUAUAGCAUAAUAUCUUCUUGUAUGUGACAUUAUCUCUAAAUAAGUUAUUUCCAAGCUUUUUUUUCAUUGAUUAAAAAAAAGAAUAUAUUUGAAAAAAAUAACUUCUGCAUAGAAAAACUUGCUGAUGAAAUUAAAUGUUGGAUGAAAGGAUAAACAGGGUGAAGUAGUUGUACCAUAGUUUAAAAUAUAUGUGACCGAUUAUAGGAAGCAUUUCAAGCAUUUAUAACUGAUCUUCUACCUUCAGAUAUCUCAUAAAGUAAAGAAAGAUUGUGCUUUUCUCUUUAUUUCCCCCUUCUUUUAUUUUUAACACGUUCGCUGCCAUGAUUUACGCUUGCAAUUUGGACCAUCUAUCUAAUUAAAUGACUUCUUUGAUCAUAACUGUAGUAGAGAAAGGGGAAUUUAAUUAGAUAAUAGAUGUGAACUAAUUAAAUAGCUUGUGUGAAUCACAAGCGAGUCACGUGGCAGCCAAUGUGUCAAGUCUUCGAUACUAGUUUCCUUAAGAGUUGGAUGUGAAUAAAAGUUUCCAUAGCUUAGGGCAAUGCAAAGCAAAUACUCUACUAAUCUAUUCGUUUAAAAUAGGCUUUUAAAAUUUCCCAUUCUUUUAUAGCAAAUUAAAAUAAAUUUACUUUUCGCAAGGCUAUUUGUAAAAGGUAUUAUUGUCUUAUUAAGAUGACACAGACACACUCUUUUUAAUAGAUUGAAAAAGAAAGUCUUUCCGUAUAAAACCUAUUGCACUUGUUAAAUAUGAGCACUCAAUAAACCUCUGUUUUAUUUUUGUUUAAAUAUUUUUUUAUGAUCAAAAUGAUAUUUUAACUGCGAACCGAACUUUUGUUACUUUCUCUAUUUUUACAUUUUAUUCAUUUAGCAUAAACAAAGCAUAUCUUUUAACGCGAAAUGCGAGAGAAAGUUAUUUUUAUAAACAUAUAUCUUUGUGAUUUGCCGAACGAAUAAAUGGAAUAUUUUAGAAAAUUUUGAAAAUUAUGUGUUUAUUUCUUAUAUCUUGAAUCUACUAAGAAUGCAUAGUUUGAAAAAAAACUAUUGAAACAUAUAACGCACAAUCUUAUUUUAAAAAAUGUGUAAAAUAUGUGGUGUAUUAUCUUUUUAAAGCAAUCGAUAAUAUAAAUUUAUGAAUCCCAUGGUUGUUUAAAGUUCUGUUUUUUCUUUACAUUCAUUGAAUAUAUAAAUUCCUAUUCAAAUCUUUAUUUUUUAAUAGGAUAAUCUAUAACUUUCAAAAAUAAAGACGCUUUUUUUUAGAAUUAAAACGCCGUUUAAAAACUACUAUUGACUAAAUUGUUACUUAUCUACUAAUAAAAUAAACAGCAGAAUAAAAAAAAGCAGAAAUUUAUGUUGAGAAGUAAUUCUUACUCAGUGCAUUUAUAGUUCUUUCCUAUACCAUGACUUCAUUUUCUAUUUUCAAUAUUUAGAGCGCCUCGGUUUGAAGGUUAGAAAAGCUAAUAACAUUUUCAUAAUAAAGUAAAUAACAAUAUUUCAUUUUAGAGGCAUUAAUUUUUUUAAAAUUUAUUCUAAAGCUUUUGGAAAUUUUUCUAUAAUAAAAGAAGAUAUCACCGUCGUAUCAGAAGGUAGAUGUUCAAUAUAUAUUUUAUUCAAUAAUAUUUCGAUGAAAAAGAAUAAAAGAAAAACAUUUUAAUUAUGAUUUUACUUUUGGUAUUAGUAGCAAAUGCUUCGCAAACAUUAGGUGUUGAAGUACCCGACGCAAAUCUAAAGCAAUACAGGCUUUCAAAUUUACAAUACAUCUAGUAAUAAUAUUUAUACAGCAGCAAAAAUGUGAGAAAUUAUAGAAGUAAAAUUUCUGUUUGUAAUAAGAAAAUUUUCAGCAAAAAAUUAUUACAUUUCUGAAGGAAAUUUCAUUUGUAAAUACGGAAUUUUAGAUUUUAGUGCGUAAAAAUUGAGAAUAAUCAUUUUUUGUUUUUUUGGUUUUUCAAAUUGUUUUUAUUAGAGUGCGUCUGUGUCAUCUAGUAAUAUUGCUGAGUGCUCAAACAAUUUUUUUCAAAAAUAAUUUACGCACAUUAUGCGUUCCCAAUAAACUUUUAAUCAAAUUAUUUGUUCAAUAUAUAAGAAAGAACAAAAAUAUAUAGAAUAGAUUUUGCAUAUAAAGCUGACAAAGUACAUUUUAUAUAUUUAUAAUCACCUACAAGUUGGAGACGUUUGUCCUUUUGACAGAACGUUAAACCACUUAUGAAGUAGCAAUCAGCAAAUAGUCGCUACUUCACUUAAAUAUGUAUUUAAUGGUAAUAAGAUUUAAAUACUUUCGAAGUUGUGGACGAGUUUUUUUUUUUUUUUUGUUGUUGUUUUUUUUUGUUUCAUUAUUGAACAAGCAGUGGCAUACCAGGUCGACUUCUUUGCAAUGCUUUAAUGAUAUUUACAUUUUCAGCACUGUAUUUAAAAAGAAUAUUUAACUAUUCAUUAUAUUUAAAUAUCCAUUAUAUAACGAAUAAUUAUAUAUAUAUAUAUAUAUUCAAUGAAUAUUUAAAUUUUUCAUAGAUUGUUAUGUCUCAAGUAUGCUUUGAAAGUACUAAAUGUGAUGUCUGUAUUUCUGUAACUGUGGAUAUUUAUCCGGAGUACCUUAUAACUUUGAGCCUGUUUUUACAGAAUGGCUGCCAUAAUUACUUUAUUAUAGCUCUUUUUGACGAUAUAUAAACCUAAGCUAAGAAGUAUUGAUUAUCUUUUUAGUCACUUUGAUAUUAUUCAUUCAGCUAGACGAAAACAAGUAGGCAAAAGAAAGACAAUUUCUGCGCUUUGAGUCGUAUAUUUAAUUUAAGCUUGGAGCCGAAGCACUAGCCAUCUGUAUUAGGCGAUUGCUGAAAUCGGUAGGUAACAGCAUUGGAAGUAGCGACGGUGUUUGAAAAUCGUGGUUUGAAAACUCGUCCAUAAACACAAUUACUGUGAAAUUGAAACUUCAGACUAGUUCAAUAUUUAUCAAAAUGUCUUAGAAUUUUAUUAAAUAAAAUAAUAUUCAUCUUUCAUUUAAUUCAAAACAUAUAUUACUUUAUUUGUUGUAACUGUUUCAUAGUUAAAAUUCACUUCCAAAUGUUUUAAAAUUUCCCUUUCGAAAAACGGAGAAAUAUUUUACCGAUUUAUAAUCAAUUACAUUUCAAUUUAUUUGUUUUUCCUAACUGAAAACUAUCCCCAUAUAGUGUGUAAAAUAUGAGAAUGAUGAUAAAUACUUAUGCAAUAAUUCAGAAAACUUGAAUACUGUGUCUGAACUGCCCUAAUAGGAUGGUGACUAUGCAAUAAAUAUCAGCUCGAUGCAGUAUUAAAUGAUAUACUAUGUGAUCGCGCAAUAUAUUUAUUUCUUAAAAUAUAUUUUCCUUCAAUGUUCACGUAUGUGCUAUUGUAAUAUAAUCUUUUAUGUACAAUUUAUUAAAAUGAAAUUAAAUUUUCUUCCUCUAAUGUAA